GAAGAUACCGGAAAAUUAGUGACGAAAAGCAAAUAGAAUUUUAUAAUAAGGCUUUAGAAGUGGUUAAAAAGUUUGUACAUUUAUAUUUUAAGCUAAAUGCUCAAGAACCUGUACCGAACUAUCAAUCUUAUUUUGAAGCUGGUUCGCCUCUACAAAAUAGUGUCAUGGAUGGGUCAUGGGAUGAUGAAAACAUGGAUAAUUUAGAAGUUGAGAUUUGUUCAUUUCCUUUGAUCUCUUUUAAAGGAAAAGAUAAUACUAAAAAAAUACUUUCCAAGGCAAUUGUUCUCCCAAGAGAAAGAGAAUAA